AUCAAGCUGAAAUCAUUAAAGGGAAACUGAAGUAGUGUGAUCUUCUCCUCUGUUGUCGUAGUGAAUGAUACUGCAGAUGAAAUGGAAAUACCUGUGAUACACUUCAUCGUCCUGGGAGUCAUCACAGGUUUAACCAAAGGAGCUGGUGUGUUGCCAGAUGGUCCUCUGAAUGCAGUUCUGGGAGGGAGAGUGAUGUUCACUGCAACACUGACUCCAUCAGAAAAACCCUUUACAACUAUUGGUUGGACAUUUGGGAGCAGAAAUAUUAUCACCUUUUCUGGUGUAAACAUAACUGCACCAGAGUAUGAAGGCAGGAUCACCCUCUCCAUGGCUACUGGGUCUCUGGAGCUCAGGAAUCUGACUCUUAAUGACAGAGGAGAAUACAGAGUUCUCAUUCAACCACAGGGAGACUUUGCAAAGGAAGGAUCCACCAGACUGGAAGUUUAUGAGCGAUUAACAGGUGUUGCCAUCACACCAUCAACAAACCUGCUGAUUGAGAGGAACUCUGUCAGUUUAACCUGUAACGCUGAUGCUGGCUCUGGUUUUACCAGACUGUGGACGAAGGAUGACUCAGAUUGGAUUCCGACUGACAAUAUAACGCUUUACGACAACAACAGAGUUUUGUCGUUUAAAAGUCUGAAUAAAAAAGACAGUGGAGAAUAUUCCUGUAAAAUCAGAAAUCCUGUCAGGAAUGAUGAAGCUACAUACAUCAUGGUUGUUAACUAUGGACCAGAAAAUGUUCAAAUCACGGGUCCAAGUGAGAUACAUUUUGAACAGACCUUAAAAUUAACCUGUUCUGCUGAGUCUGAACCAUCUGCUAGUUACACCUGGACACUGAAUGGGACAGAGAUACACAAUUCAUCUGUGUUCACUAAAGUCAUCACUGAAUUUUCUGACAGUGGCAACUACACCUGUCAAGCCAUGAAUCAUAUAACUGAGAGAGGAUCAUCAGUGGUGCAUCAAGUGAUUGUAACAGCCAUCCCAGAGAAAUUAUCAUGCAGUUCGGCUGGUUGCAUCGCUGGAGCAGUAAUUGCAUGUUUCAUCAUCUGUGUGGCAGCUGCUGGUGGAGGGUACUACAUCUAUAAAGAAAAAAUCCACAACAAAGCUCAGCCACAGCCGGGGAGAAAAGGAGUGGAAGAACCUGUGUAUUCGAUCCCUUUGGAAGAAGAGAGCCAAUAUGAGAAUAUGAAAGAAAUACAACUUCAAUAUGAGAACAUGAAAGGAAAAGAACCACCACAAACUGGAGAAGACCCUGUGUACUUGGUCCCUUACCAAUACCAAUAUGAAAACACUGAAGGAGAAGAACCUGUGUAUUUGACCCUAUAAAUCGACAAUGAGAAUGUUAAAGGAGGAACUGAAUAGCUGGAGGUGUCACCAAGUGGCACCUGUGCCAUACGACGUCCUCUUAGCCAUGAUGACCUUGGAGGGAAGACAGGCCACACAACAACGAUUAGCAAGAAUGAGAAUACAUACAAGAUUUGUGUGACUGAUUAACCUAUAAAAAUGUCUAAUGAUGGUCUAACAAGGUUUUAUUGGCAAUAAAUUACUCUGUAAUAAAGUGAAACAAUGUUAAAAGAAGCCCACAUAAAUGUGUCAUCCUCUAAACUGUCUGACCAUUAUUAAUAUGGCACUGCAUUUGUCAGAUCAGACUGUGUCUAUUUAAGCCACAGUUGGUCCAUGUUUGGUAGCAUUAGGCGAGCUGUCUACAGUAUUAUCUUGUAGAAAGGGUAAAAUAGCAUCUAAUUAAUAGAUUUUGGAUCUGAUAUGGUCUUGGAUUUGUUUUUUGUAUUGCAUAUACUUGUUAAAUUGUAUGUAAUAAUGUACGAGGAUGUCCUAUUUGUUUUGCAGUCAAAGGAUAAUUCAGUCCAGCAGUGUCAAAGUAUGGUAUAUCCUCUACUAGCUCUAAUAAUACAUCAUAAGCAAAUUCUAAUUACAGUUUGAUUUAGGUGUAUGGUUAAUCAUAAGACUAUAUAGAUAGAUAAUAUUUACAGUUUUGACCUAAUCUGAUGUAAAAUUCAUAUUGUUAGCCUAGGUCUUAGUUAGGAUAUCACACUAUUUAUUUUUAGUAAAGAACAUAUUUCUUGGUGAUAACUAAUUUGACAAAUUAUGGCUUAUAACGUCUUUAUUAGAUUACUAAUCGUAUGACAGUGUAUAUUCACAGUCCAAUAUAAUCCUAUAGUCCAGUUUUUGCCUAGUUCGACAAAAAAGAAAGCAGUUAAUCCAGCAGUGGAUUAAAUGUGUGAUAUUUAUAGCUAUGUAUUAGAGCAGUGUUGGGUACUCAAUUGACAUAGAAGCUCCAAAAACAGAGAUGAUAGGAUGUGUUGGUAAUUAUUCAAAUUAAAGAUCUAAAUGUUCAUUGUGAAAGGUUUUUUUUAUUAUUUUUUUUCAUGGACUUACCCUAAUUAUGGAGUGAGCGGCUGACUCCAUAUCAUUCACCAGUAGGAUCAGAUGAGCUCCUGUUAUGAGUGAUAUUUAAUAGGCAAGGACAAGUUAAGAAAAUAAGAUAUUCAGUGGUGAUUUUCGGGGUGAUGUUGGUCAAUUUAAUUACCAUUUUGGUCCAGACUAAAUAUCAACUAUUCAUUGAUUUAAACAGGACAUCUCCAGUUGUUUGGAUAACUGUCACUGGAUUGCCGUGACAUUUUGUUCACAGUCAUGUCCCACUUUAGUGAUCGCUUGACUUUUAAUC